CAAAAUCAUCCAUCAAUCAUGAAGAACUUGUUCAUACUACUUGUAUUAGCUUUUAUCAAUGCCAUCAAUCAUCAAGCACAUUGUGAGAGUAAACAUAUAUUUUUGCUGGCUGGUCAGAGCAACAUGGCCGGACUUGGUGGCGUGGCGAAGCGCCGGUGGGAUCACGUUGUGCCGGAGCCGGAGUGCAUCCGGAACCCAAACAUCUUCAAACUCAACGCAGCACUGAAUUGGGAGCCCGCGGAAGAACCUCUCCACGCAGGUAUCGAUAUCAGGACAAACGGAAUCGGGCCCGGAAUGCCCUUUGCUAAUUCGCUGCUACGGAAACUCCCGGAUUACGGUGUAAUUGGUUUGGUGCCUUGCGCGAUAUCAGGGACGAGGAUCGUUCAAUGGCAAAAAGGAACAGAUUUGUAUCAUAUGUUGUUGAGUAGAGCCCAAGCUGCUGUGAAGCAGAAUGGGAAUGACAGUAGUACUAUUGAAGCGCUUCUUUGGUAUCAAGGAGAAAGUGACACUAAGAAUGAAAGAGAUGCUUAUGCAUAUAAGGGAAGAUUAGAGCAGUUUAUUACAGACUUACGAACGGAUCUGAAUUUGCCCCACCUUUUGAUUAUUCAGGUUGUAUUGGCGUCAGGAAAAAAGGAGUAUUUACUUGAGGUAGUGAGAAAAUCACAACUCCACAUUGUACUUCCGAAUGUAAAAUGUGUGGAUGCCAUGGGAUUAGCACUUGAAGAUGAUAAUUUGCAUCUCACUACUUCUGCCCAAGUCCGCCUUGGCAAUAUGCUCUCUGAUGCUUUUAUUGAUUACACCAGAAUUGACGGUCGCAUUUGCAUCAGCAUUUGCUGCGAGUAUACCGCAAGUGCACAUAGCAAUAUGGCUGGACUAGGUGGAGUUGUGAAGAACAAAUGGGAUCACCUCGUCCCGCCCGAGUCCAGCCCUAACCCGAACAUCCUCAAACUCAAUGCAGAAUUACUUUGGGAGGUAGCAGAAGAGCCUCUUCAUUCAGGUAUAGAUACCAACGUGACAAAUGGGAUCGGACCCGGGAUGCCAUUUGCGAAUUCAUUGUUGCAAACGAUUCCUGAUUACGGGAUCAUAGGUUUGGUGCCUUGUGCAAUAUCCGGGACGAAGAUCAUAGAUUGGCAAAAAGGAACUAUUUUUUAUAAUCAGUUGGUGGAUAGAGCUAUGGUUGCUUUGCAAAAUGAUGAUGGGAGUUUUAAUACCAUUGACGCCCUUCUUUGGUAUCAAGGCGAGAGUGACACAAUGAGCCAAGCAGAUGCCAAUGCAUAUAAAGGAAGAUUGCAGCAAUUCAUCAUUGACUUACGAGCAGAUCUGAAUUUGCCUAAUCUUUUGAUUAUUGAGGUUGCACUGGCAUCAGGAGGGAAAAAUUAUAUAGACAUAGUGAGACAAGCACAACUUAACACUGAGCUUCCUAAUGUAAGAUGCGUGGAUGCUAGAGGAUUACCUUUGCAACGUGAUAAACUGCAUCUCAAUACUACUGGCCAAAUCCAGCUGGGAAAUUUGUUGACUGAUGCUUUUAUUAGUCCAUUUUAGCUAGCUUAUGUAAGUAAUUUGUCUAAUGCUCAUUAAUUGGGUGCAAUAAUAUUAACAAAAAAAAGACAUAGAUGUAUUUCACGUACGUUAUCGAUAUUGUACAGAAUCAGAAUGUGUCCUCAUGAAAUUCUGGUGAUUCAUUUCAUCGUAUUACUGUACAUCAGAGUAACUAAUACAACUUGUAAUUAAUUUAUAAUACCUGAACUUUCG